AGUGAAUUUCCUGAUUUCUGUUGAUCAUCCUUUCGUAACAUUUAUCUCCUUCUCAAUUACGCAAUACAUUUCCUGCUUUCAACACGCAGACAAAAUGGUCAACAUAAACCUUAUCCGCAAGUCCAACUUGGCUUUCAAACUCUCAGGCCAUGUAUCGAGUCUGGUAGCUGUAUUCGUCGGGGCCACUUCUGGCAUAGGCCUAGGUACCUUGAAGCAAUACGCGAAGUACGCCCAAGGAGGAAAAGCAUAUAUCAUUGGUCGAUCAAAGAGCGCCGCGCAACCACUUCUGGACGAACUCAAGGAGUCAAACCCAACGGGAACCUUUGAGUUCAUAGAAACGGAAAUCUCCCUCAUCAAGAAUGUCGAUCUGGCCUGUGAUCAGAUCAAAACGAAAGAGAAGAAGGUCGAUAUUUUGUUCAUGUCACCUGGUUUUCUCGCAUGGGGAGGCAGAAUUGAAUCCGCUGAAGGAAUCGAUGUUCCACAUGCUCUUCGCUAUUACUCGAGAUUGCGAUUCGUCUAUAAUUUACUUCCCCUGCUCACUGAAAGCCCCUCGCCAAGGGUCAUCUCCAUCCUAGCUGGAGGAAAAGAGUCGGCGAUCGACAUCAAUGAUCUUGAAGUCCAUAAUGAUUUCACAUUUGCAAAAGCGGCUGCGAAUGGCACCACUCAAACGACACUCGCAUUUGAGGAACUGGCAAAAUCGUACCCCUCGAUUACCUUCAUCCAUAAAUACCCAGGCUUCGUCGACACCGGCGUAAUCGGCCGAUUCCUGAGUACAGUCACAGGCCCGAUGGCGAUACCCGCUACGAUUGCAAAGUGGGCAGUCUUGCCCAUUGUGAAUUGGUUCUCUACGACCAUUGACGAAGCUGGGGAGAGGGGGCUGUUCCUUGGAACGAGUGCUAGAUUUCCACCAUCGAACCCAAAGACGGACUUUGUUGGCGUGGAGCUGCCGCAAGGGGUUGAGGUGGCUAGUGCUUCCGUUGUUAAGGAUGGUGUGGGUAAUGGUGUCUAUCGGUUGGGGCCACUUGAUGACAGUGCACCUGAUGGAGAUGUGUUGCCUGGAUACAGGCUUGAUGAUGUGGGGAAGAGAGUCUGGGAGGAGACUCAAGCUCUUUGGGAUCGGUGUCUCUCAAGAGCAGCAUGAGUGACGGGGAGAAAGCUGUGGGAUUUCGGGAAAAGUAUUAAGCAGCGGUAUGGUAUACUAGAGUUUUGGAUUUUCGGGAGGCAUCAUCCUGUGGGAAGGCGCUCGGUAGCAUAAUGUUCAGAGGAUUUCUGGGGUCUUUAACCCAGGUCAGAAGAAAUGAAGUGUGGGACUUGUACUUGUGAAUUUGCAUAUUCGAAACGCCAUAACCCUGACUGAUGCCAACAACAUCACUAGUCAUAUUCUUUCCCGAA